GUAGCCGUAGUCGGCCGGAACGAGAGCCGAGGGGCAUUGUGGGAGAAGAUGGCGGCCGCCACUCACCCGAGGGUUGUUCGGGGUCUCCCAAUGUCACGUUCUGCCAUUAGUGCAAUAGCUAUAUCUGCGUUUCAGGGCCUGCCCCACCGCCAGCUUCAUCAUGCAGUCCUGCCUCAUGGGAAAGGUGGGCGCUCCUCCGUCAGUGGGGUGGUGGCCACUGUGUUUGGAGCAACAGGAUUCCUGGGCCGCUAUGUUGUCAACCGCCUUGGACGGAUGGGGUCUCAGGUGAUCAUUCCCUAUCGGUGUGAUACUUACGACAUCAUGCAUCUUCGGCCCAUGGGUGACCUGGGCCAGCUUAUCUUUCUGGAAUGGGAUGCGAGAGACAGAGAGUCUAUCCGAAGAGCAGUGCAGCACAGCAACCUGGUCAUCAAUCUCGUCGGACGAGACUGGGAAACCACAAACUUCGAUUUUGAGGAUGUUUUUGUAAAGAUUCCCAAAGCAAUAGCUCAAGUGUCCAAGGAGGCUGGAGUUGAAAAACUCAUUCAUGUUUCUCAUCUGAAUGCUGACAUUAAAAGCUCUUCCAGAUACCUGAGAAAUAAGGCUGUUGGAGAGAAAGAAGUGAGAGAUGCAUUUCCAGAAGCCACGAUCAUAAAGCCAUCGAGCAUCUUUGGGAGAGAGGAUCGAUUCCUCAAUCAUUUUGCAAACAUUCGUUAUUUUGUUGGUGUGCCUCUUAUUUCCUUGGGCUUGAAGACGGUGAAGCAGCCAGUGUAUGUUGUUGAUGUAGCUACAGGAAUUGUCAAUGCUGUUAAAGAUCCAGAUGCCAAAGGGAAAACCUUCGCCUUCGCUGGGCCCAGUCGGUACCUCCUCUUUGACCUUGUGCAGUACAUCUAUGCUGUGGCCUUCAGGCCCUUUUUCCCAUACCCCAUACCCCGUUUUGCCUAUCGCUUGGCGGCAAGGCUCUUGGAGAUGAGCCCGUUCGAGCCCUGGACCACGCGGGAUAAAGUAGAGCAGAUGCACAUCACAGACAAGUUGCUGCCCCACCUGCCCGGCCUUGAGGACCUUGGUGUCCAGGCAACGCCGCUGGAGCUCAAAGCCAUCGAGGUGCUGCGGGUCCAUCGCACUUACCGCUGGCUGUCUGCCGAACUCGAGAUGGUGAAGCCUGCCAAGACUGUCAACUUUUAGUGGGCCCACACGGCCCUCGGUUCUGGUGUCAGUCCGGUCGCUGGCUAGCGAGCACCUAUGGUCUCUGGAGAGCCUGUACAUGGUGCCGAGUUCCCUGAAACGUCUGAGUUAAAUUCAGCAGCACUCUCGUUCUGGAUUUGUAAAUGAAAAUCCCAGCUAGUUGGAACGUGAGCAUGACUCCCCUUAAAUACAUACACGUGUGUAUUUAAAAAUGACUUGCAUGCCAUGUGUUCUCUGAGACGUCAAAGGGUUGGAUUUCUCGGUACUGAAUCAGGCUGCUGCUAGUGCGUGUUCUAGAAAACCAGCCCCCCAGUGUCCAAACGGCGAUGAUCCAGUGGCACGUGUUUGCCUCCAACUUGAAUGGGAACAUGCACAGGCUGCAUAACUAAGCGGCGUCUGUUCACACGAACGUUUGUCAAAGGCACACUUUAAACAGUGGUACAUGUGACUGUGAUCAGAAUUCACAGUGAAUGUUUAAAUUUGUAAAAGAUACAUUACAGUCAGUACCCCUCACAGUGCUCCCCCCUUGCUUUGAACUCCUUAGCCCAUCUUUUUUGCCACUUUCGGAAGCAGUUUUGUUAAAAAAUACAGUGAAGGCUGAGUGCCACCCAGCAGGAAGGCAGCUCAUAAAACCUUUCACUGUGUCUUCAUUCUCAUUCACUGGCCCUGGCUCCUCCCGAAAGCCAAAAUGACCACAAAGGGUAAAAACAGUUUGAAUGGAUUCAGGACAUUGAGGCAGCCAGGACAGCACAACUGAAGACAGGAAAGAACUUCCAGAGCUGCCUUGGACGUGGCAAGGAGGGUGCGAUGAGUGUUCUGUGUGAGGUUAAUGGCCCUGUGUCUUCCACUGUGCUUACCUUUUAAAUCCGGACAUUUGCCUUAUUUUUUGAUCAUAUCUUUGUCUAUAGACAGAGGGUCUCAAACCUUUACUUGCUAGGAUUUGAGCUGUCCAAGGCCCUUCUGCCCAUUCUGUUAGGACCACAUCUCUAUUCCAGACAUGUACAAAGACUUCGCUGCCAGAGAGAUGGAUGCCUCAGCCUCUGCCAGGGAUGCCGGUGCCUAGAGAUCAGAACUUUUGGUUUAAGUUGUUCAUUUUGCAGCCAGAAUCUAGGAAUUUGCUUAUUGCUGGUAGAUCCCUGUGUAAUUAAAAUCUCCUGGGUCUGUGGUGAAGCCAGCACAUUGCAUCCUAGACACCCGGGGUUGGUCAGUGUUAUC